AUGAAUCACGCCAAGGAGAAGGUGAAGGACGCCGCGAGCGCGGCCAAGGCCAAGGCCAAGAUCACGCAGGCCAAGGUGGCCGAGAAGACGGAGGCCGCCACGGCGAGGUCGCACGACGAGCGUGCGCUGGCGCACGAGCGGGGCAAGGCCAAGGUCGCCGCCGCCGAGGCCGAGCUGCACCAGGCCAAGGUGACCCACCGCGAGGAGGCCAUGGAGCACCGCCUCCACAAGCGCGCCGGCACCGGGCACAAGCACGGAGCUGGCCACUGA